AUUCCCCACCUGGCAACACCGAGGAAACCAAAGAGGAGGGUGCAGAGCUCACGGCGGCGUCUUUUUAGAGCUACCGAUAGGCGGUUCUAAUUUAUUAUCAAACAUACAACAUAGUGAGGAAUACCUCGGGUGUUAGUCUUUUCUACAGCCCAGGAGACGAAAGUGUAGUUCGAAGCGUUGGAGUGUCUGAAGAAAAGAUUGAAGAGAAGAUAGAAAAUGGACGACAACUGCGAUGCUAAGAUGGCGACGUCUGGUGAAAGACAAGACGAAAAAGAAUCCGCGCCGUCGACUAACAGCACAUCAACGGAGAAAAGGAGGGAAACUGCAGAAAAAGACGUCCAGCAGCGGAUUGGUCAUCAAGAAGAACAUUCCGCUCAGCCGCAAGGGAUGUCCACUUUGAAGCAGGAGAGUAACCAUUUCCUCCACGUUAACGAGGUAAAGAAAGAACCCUGCGUCACUCAGGGUGAGUUUCUUCUCGGGCUGAAGGAGGCUGAUGCCACCAUGUUGCCACUGACUGUUGACACUGUGAAGACUGAAGACCCUGAAGACAAACCACAAGACCAGCAGCUGAUUGGUCAUCAAGAAGAACAUUCCCCUCAGCCGCAAGGGGGGAUCUCCACCCUAAAGCAGGCGAAUCCGCAUUUCCUCCACGUGAAAAAGGAAGAGGAGGAACUGCGGAUCAUGCCGGAGAGAAAAUAUCAUCUACGGUCGGAGGAGGCUGAUCCCGCCAAGUUGCCACUGACUGUCGUCUCUGAAAAGACUGAAGACUAUAAAGACAAACUCUUAGCUCCACUGUCAGAUAGUGAGGCUGAAGACUUGGUUGAAGAACCUUCAAGCAGCGACACAGACUGUGACGAUGAUGUGAGGAACAACAAAAAGAAGACCGGGAAAAAAAGUUUUACCUGCUCAGUUUGUGCCAAAAGCUUUAGUCAAAAGGCAUAUUUGACUCGGCACAUGACAACACACACAGGUGAAAAACCAUUUGGUUGUUCAUUCUGCAGUAAAAAAUACAGUCAGAAGGCAAAUAUGGUGAAACACAUGAAUAGACACACAGGAGAAAAACUCUUUAUUUGUUCAUUUUGUGGCAAAAGCUUCUUUGAAAAGAGAGAUAUGGAAAGACACGCGAGGAUACACACAGGAGAAAAACCCUACAGUUGCUCUGAAUGUGGUAAAAGAUUCACUCAGAAGGGAACUAUGGUCAUACACAUGAGCACGCACACCGGAGAAAAACAAUUUACUUGUUCAGUUUGUGGGAAAAGAUUCAAUCUGAAAUCAAUGAUGGUGCGACACAUGAACACACACACGGGAGAAAAAGCCUUUAGUUGUUCAGUUUGUAGUAAAAGAUUCAUAAAAAAGACAGACGUGGGGAGACACAUGAGAACGCACACGGGAGAAAAACCCUUCAGUUGCUCCGUCUGUAGGAAACGAUUUACUCAAAAGGAAACUAUGGUAACACACAUGAGAACGCACACUGGAGAAAAACAAUUUAUUUGCUCAGUUUGCGGGAAAGGAUACACUCAAAAGUCCAUUAUGGUGCGACACAUGAAAACGCACACUGGAGAAAAACCCUAUGGUUGUUCCAGUUGCGGUAAAAGAUUCUUGAAAAAGACAGAUAUGGUAAGACACAUGAGGACACACACCGGUGAAAAACCGUUUGGUUGUUCAGUUUGUGGCAAAAGCUACGUUGAAAAGAGAGAUAUGGUCAUGCACAUGAGUAAGCACUCAGCAUAAUGACCCCUUUGGUUGCACAGUAUUAAAGGAGCCAUAUGUAAUAAUCUGGCCAGAAAUGGUACUGCAAUCACGGUCAACAUUCUGUAGUCCUCUCCCUGACUGAGGUUGCCAGAUACGCAGCCGAAUCCAGCUCGAUCGACUGGGCCAGCAGUCCAUUUUUGUGCUAAAAGAUUGUCAAAUAGUAGAAGUAAAACGUGUUAUAUGUGAGAAGACACAUAAAAAGUGAUGAUCUGCUGUACCGUAUUUUUCGGAGUAUAAGUCGCUCCGGAGUAUAAGUCGCACCGGCCGAAAAUUUAUAAUAAAGAAGGGAAAAAAACAUAUAUGAUUUGCACUGGAGUGUAAGUCGCAUUUUUUGUGGAAAUGUAUUACAUUAAAGCCAACUCCAAGAAUAGACAUUUGAAAGGCAAUUUAAAAUAAAUAAAGAAUAGUGAACAACAGGCUGAAUAAGUGUACGUUAUAUGAGGCAUAAAUAACCAACUGAGAACGUGCCUGGUAUGUUAACGUAACAUAUUAUGGUAAGAGUCAUUCAAAUAACUAUAACAUAUAGAACAUGCUAUACGUUUACCAAACAAUCUGUCACUCCUAAUCGCUAAAUCCCAUGAAAUCUUAUACGUCUAGUCUCUUACGUGAAUGAGCUAAAUAAUAUUAUUUGAUAUCUUACGCUAAUGUGUUAAUCAUUUCACACAUAAGUCGCUCCUGAGUAUAAGUCGCACCCCCGGCCAAACUAUGAAAAAAAACUGCGUCUUAUAGUCCGAAAAAUACGGUAUGUAGUCCCCUCCCCCUGACUGAGGUUGCCAGAUACGCAGCCUAAUCCAGCUCGAACGACUGGGCUAGCAGUCCAUUUUGUGCUAAAAUAUUGUCAAAAAGUAGAAGUAAAAAGUGUCAUAUGUGAGAAGACACAUAAAAAGUGAUCUGCUGUAUGUAUGCUACCAGAUUCUCUAAUAAGUUAGUGUGCUGCUAAGAACAGCAGUUGCGUAACUCUCUGAUUGGGGGGCGACAACAUAAAUGUUUACGUUUUCCUCUCCUUCCUUCUUUUGGAAUACAGAAGUUUACAUCAGUGAUCAUGAAAUUGUCUUUGUUCCGUGACAAUGUUUUAGUGUUGUACAUGCACACAAAGGGCCCGAUUUACUAAAGGUUUGGCGGCACUAAAACACAUGCAAACUUGAUACCACACGCAAAGCUGAUCUACUGAACAUGUGCAAAGUGGAUCGCGUCUGCUAAAUGAGCGGAAUAGGGCUCGCGAUCCAUUUAGCGUCUCGGUCUUUAUUAAUAUGCAGAAUAAAUGUCGAUUAUCCGAACGCCUACAAUACUAGGAGGAUUUGAUUUGAUUUGUAUUAAGGUUCCCCGUUAGCUGGUUGCCACAACAACCCACUAGUCUUCCUGGGGUCCACAAACUCAAUACAACUACAAGUAAAAGCAUAUACCGUAAUUUCCGGACUAUAAGCCGCACCAGCUAAAUUCAGGGGAAAAUACAGAUUGCUCCAUACAUAAGCCGCACCCGACUAUAAGCCGCAGGGUUUUGAUGUGUAAUUAGCGUAGUAUAUAGGGGUUCCUGCUACCACGGAGGGGAUUGUCGGGACAGAGAUGACUGUUUGGGAACGCAAAGCGUCCCAUUUAUUAACAAUAAAUCUUUCAAUCAUUCAAUCAAACUUUCACAUCUUUGACAUGGCGAACAGCAUUCGUGCAGAGUACAAAUAAUACAACGGUGCAAAGUAAUACAAAGUGCUCGCCUGUACUUUAUCAAAAUAACCAGCCUACCGGUAUAUGAAAAGUCAGUCUUUAAUCAUUGUGUCAUCGUCUUCCUCCUGCGUACUAAAACCACCGAAAUCCUCUUCGUCGGUGUCGGAGAAGAACAGGCCGUAAAUAAGCCGCACCCUUGUAUAAGCCGCAGGGACCAGAACGAGGGGGAAAAGUAGCGGCUUAUAGUCCGGAAAUUACGGUAAUUAUAACUACACAAUACAGAAACAAAUAAAAGCAUCAACAAGCAAACAAUUUACAGUCACAGAAUAAUAAUUACCAUAUAGAUAUAACUACACAAUACACUGCUAUCUCGGGGCAUUCAAUCAAUCGCAACUGGACUGUUGCGGCUAUAAGUUGAAUGUCACAGAUGAACAACUUCUCGUUUUAUGGCCACGGCCUUCUAUUAUCCAGGUGAGAGGCACAAUUUAUAAUCGAGAGUUAACUUUCACCAUCUUCCGAGGCGAUCGUGAUGCAGCAGCUCAGUAUGUCAAUACGUCAAGACUAUAGCUGCACAAGCUCGCUCUUUGGUCACGGCGUGGGCUAAAAAUAUUUUGCCUGCGUUAGCGGCGAGGGCUUUUAAUAACAAUAUCUCUUAUGCUUGAUUAAUAGUCAGGUUACGAGAUGUAAACCAAGUAUUGGCGUUUUUUCCGGAUGCAUUUUUCGAGUGAUUUAGAGGCAGAAUUGAUUACUCCCACUAUGGGCAUUGUUAGCCACUGAAUACGAGCCAAUUAUUACUAAUUAAAAUGCAAAAAAAAGAAAAACCUUUUCUUGUCUUUCAUAACAGAGAAGAUGCACAUAUGAUACAGCGCACGCAAUCUGAUUCAUCAACACUCAUCACCGUUUUGUAAGCACUAUUUAGUUUUUAUUUAGCACCUCUGAAAAGUACGUGCAAACUGACAGUUACAGUACGCACUGAGAUAAAGUAAAUAUUAGACAUCAGCAACAUCCUUUCAUAAUUUUAUAGCCGCACGCUCGGUGAGUUAAGGGGCGAAUCCAACUGAUGCGUUUUGGUGUCGUUUAGUGUUUUUUUUUAAUGGUGUGCAUUUUUUCACUUAGCUAUAUGUUAUUACCAUAUCUCCUAUUAGAAAACUCUUUUUUGUGUAGGCAUUUUUUGGAAUCUUGAGCACAGUAAUUGCAGCUUCUCUCCCGUUUAUCUUCAGCGAUUAAAGAAAAAAAAAAAGUGGGUUUCAAUGUAGAUGGCACUGCUUCUAAAAUGCCCAUAAAUAAUGUCUCCUGACAGGUAGGAUCAUGCUAAAACUAAUAUGCAGUGUAUGAUUGAGUGGUAAAAUUAUUGUAGAGUACACGCAAAAAGCUACUUUAAAUAAGGCGGUCUACACCACUUGUUAGUAGAUCACACGCAUCACACCCACUAAUUGUACACACCAUUUUAUUGUUUGCACAUGCCGUUUAGCUCGUGGUAUUCGGAUCUUUGUAAAUCAGGCCCAUAGUGUAAGUUACAAGGUAACCUCUAUCUUUAACAGCACCUAACCUGUUUUAAUACAAAAAAUAGGAACUGGAAUUGUCCUGUGAUGCUAUGUGGUGUACUUUUUUUUGAGACAAAAUACUUUUUAUUACUUUUCGGACUCCAGCAGAUACAACAAUUGGAUAACAAUCUACUGCCAUGAUAAUUUCAAUGAAUUGUAUGUUUGAAAUAGCGAAGAGUUUCAUUUUAUAAAGAAGCAAUGACAAGUUGUUGUCGCCUGGGACUCAAGAACAUGGUGGGCAAACAAACGUACUCCUAGAAGUUAUUUUUUUAUGGAAUCAGAGUGAAAAUUACGCAUACAUGCACUGUUCUCACUGGAAAUGGUUCCAAUAUAGAUCUUGGUUAAAAAUAUAUAUAUAUCAGAGUUGCUAAGUAGUUGUAAAAUGUGCAGUGAAAAGAUGCUGCUGUGUUCAGCCUGUCACUCUUUUCCAGUGGCGCCGAGUCACUAACACGAUGGAGUUUGCAGUGACCACAUUGUCAAUGUUUUUAUGAACUUAUAAUAAAAUAAUAAA